AUGAUGAAUACAUUUCAGUUUGAAGAGGAUCUCCCUCAUUUACCGGUUCCCCUGUUACAGUCUACAACUCAACAGCUCUUGUCAGCAUUGAAACCAUUGCUCUCUCAGGAAGAGUACGAAGAACUCUUACUAGAAUCAUCACAAUUUGUUUCUAAUGAUUUAAUUAAUCUAUUGCAAUCCCACUUAAUUGAAGCCUCGAAGAACCCAUCACAAUAUUGCUAUUUGAACUGCAUAAAUGAUGAAACCAAUCCCGGAAUAUAUGGAGAAUUAAGAGGCGACAUUUUACCUCGUAAUCCAUUUCUUAUAUUAGAAGAGGACCCGUACUCGAAGACAAUAAAUCCACCAAAUCAGGCUCAGAGGGCAUCUAAUCUUAUCAAUUCUUCUUUGAAGUUUAUUGUAAGUCUUCGUAAUGAAACCUUGAAGCCAGAUCUCACUCCUAAAAGUGGGCAUCCUUUAACAAUGAACUGUUACAAAAACUUAUUUGGGACUACCAGGAUUCCAGAUUUAUUGGAUAAAUAUGAUCAGCAUGUCACGAUUAAGAAGUAUAAGAACAUUAAUGACUCCAGACACAUAAUUAUCAUUUGUAAAAAUCAAUAUUUCAAACUAGAGGUAUUGACCCCGUUCACUGAAGAGAAUGAAAAGGAGAUACAUUCUAAGCAUAAGUUAUGGUUCAACGAUCAUGAGCUCUCGAUUAUUUUACAACGAGUAAUUGAUAUUUCUGACGGUGUCAACCCAUUAGAUAUCAUACAUGAUGCUAUUGGAUCUUUAACCACACAGUCUUUUGAUUACUGGAAGUUAGCAAGACUUGAAUUAACUAAAUCGAAUGCACAAAACCUUGAGAUUAUUGACGAUGCAUUGUUUGUUGUUGUAUUAGACUCUAGUAACUCGCCACAGACUGACCAAGAAAAAACAUCCAUUUUAUCACAUGGCUCAUCUGAGCUACUUCAGGGAACAAAUUUCCAAGUGGGUUCUUGUACAUCCAGAUGGUACGAUAAACUACAAUUGAUUGUGACUAAGAAUGCUGUUGCAGCUGUUGUUUGGGAGUCUACCUCAAUGGACAGCACUGCAAUAUUAAGAUUCAUCAGCGAUAUUUAUACUGAUCUGAUUCUUAAAUUGGCUAAAAACAUCAACGGAUCAGAAUACACAUUAUUUGACAGCAACGUUGUCUUUGUAUCUUCAAAUGGCAAUAUUGAGAAACCCGUUUGCAAUCAGCUCAAAUUUAAUCGUACCCCUGAGUUGCUUAAUUUGGUUCAUUUGUCUGAAACUAAAUUAACUGACCUCAUUAACCAGCAUGAGUAUGAGACAAUGAAUUUAAAGCUAGAAUCCAACUUUAUCAAGGAUAUCUCAAUAGAUUCGAUGCUCCAAAUUAGUCUCCAAAUCGCCCACUAUUCCUUAUACGGAAAAAUUGUUAAUACGUUGGAGCCCAUCACGACCAGAAAGUUCAGAGAUGCCAGAACUGAGCUUAUCACAGUACAGAAUGACUCGGUGUCAGAGCUAGUCAAGUAUUUUAUAGCUAACCCAAGCUCGCAGAAAAAGUGGGAAAUGUUUAAAGAGUGUUGUGUUAGGCAUAAAAAGCAAUACCAAGAUGCAAUGAUGGGAAAAGGUUUCGACAGACAUUUUAUCUCGUUAGUUCAUAUAAUUAAGCGUCCGCAUGCUGUGACUUACUUGAACAAAUUGAAUAAGCAUUUGCCUGCCAUUCCAGAUCUAUCUAAGGUCGAUAGUCUGCAACUUCCAUUACUCUCACACCCAAUUAUUGAUAUGCUCUCUGCACCGGAGCUAUUAGUAUCAAACUGUGGUAACAAUGCGCUACACCUAUUUGGUAUUCCUCCUGCUAUUGAUCAAGGUUUUGGAAUAGGCUACAUUAUUCAUAAUGAUAAAGUUGUGAUAACAGCAUCAUCUAAAUACAGACAGACUAAAAGAUUCCUUGACACUUUGAGACUGGUGGUUAGUGAGUUGAAAAAUCUCUUGAAAGAAAAUAUGAGUUUGAUUCAUAAUAUCAGCGACUCAAAGGCGAGAAAGAGUGAAUUAAAAGAAUUAGGAAAGGAGCCUGAACAUAAAAUCGACUCAAACUCACCUCUGACUCGUCAUCCAAUUCUAUUAACAACCAGCACUGAUUCUGAACCAAUUUCUUUUGACAAGUAUAAGGAUCUUUCUAUGUCUGACGCAGAAUCGGAGGGAUCGUCAUCUGAAAGUGCGAGCUAUGAUCUUCUAGGAGGUUAUGGAUAUUUUGACUUCGGGGAAAUGGGUCUCAGGUCAGAAGAUCUUUCAAGAACAGAGUCACACUUGAACUCACUUUCUGGCGCUAAUUCUACGUUGGGAUCUAGGAGAGGAUCUUCUUCAAAUUUGCUUAAGUUGGCAUCCUCACAUAGCAGUGAAGCUGCUACUCAAAAAUUUGGCUUAUCAUUAUCAGAAAGGAUAAGAGACAAGCUCUCUAUGAAAGAAGAUUCUCAAUCGGACAUAAGCGAACGUUCUGAAACUCCCAGAAGGUCGAAGAGAGAAAUAGGAAAGCAGUUAGGUUUAUAG